AUGGUAGGUGAAGUCGCCUACCUUAUCUCAGAUCUGGACCGGCGAGGCCAGCGGAGAUCCUUUGUAGAGAGAUAUGACCCCAGCCUGAAGACAAUGAUCCCAGUGAGACCCUAUGCAAGGUUGGCGCCCAACCCCAUAGACGAUGCAGGGCUUCUCUCCUUUGCCAUGUUUUCCUGGCUCACACCGGUGAUGGUUCGAGGCUACAAGCACACGCUGACUGUGGACACCCUGCCCCCAUUGUCACCGUAUGACUCCUCCGACACAAACGCCAAAAGAUUUCGAAUCCUUUGGGAUGAGGAGGUAGAAAGGGUGGGUCCUGAGAAAGCCUCUCUGGGCUGAGUGGUCUGGAAAUUCCAGAGGACACGUGUUUGGAUGGAUAUUGUGGCCAACAUCCUGUGCAUUAUCAUGGCAGCUAUAGGGCCGACAGUUCUCACCCACCAAAUCCUCCAGCACACUGAGAGCAUCUCCCGGAAUGUCUGGGUUGGCAUUGGCCUAUGCAUAGCCCUUUUCGCCACUGAGUUUACCAAAGUCCUCUUUUGGGCCCUUGCCUGGGCUAUAAAUUACCGCACGGCAAUCCGGUUGAAGGUGGCCAUCUCCACCCUGGUUUUCGAAAACCUGGUGUCCUUCAAGACACUGACACACAUCUCCAUUGGCGAGGUGCUCAAUAUACUAUCAAGUGAUAGUUAUUCCUUGUUUGAAGCUGCCUUGUUUUGUCCCUUGCCAGCCACCAUCCCUAUCCUGAUGGCUGUUUGUGUGGUGUACUCCUUUUUCAUUCUGGGGCCCACAGCUCUCAUUGGAAUAUCUGUGUACGUCACAUUCAUUCCCAUCCAGAUGUUUAUGGCUAAGCUCAAUUCAGCUUUCCGAAGAUCAACAAUUUCAGUGACAGACAAGCGAGUUCAGACAAUGAAUGAGUUUCUGACCUGCAUCAACUUGAUUAAAAUGUACGCCUGGGAGAAAUCUUUUACUAACACCAUUCGAGAUAUAAGGAAAAGGGAAAGAAAAUUACUGGAAAAAGCUGGACUUGUCCAAAGUGGAAACUCAGCCCUAGCCCCCAUUGCAUCCACCAUAGCCAUUGUAUUGACCUUCGCCUGCCACAUCCUCCUGAGACGCAAGCUCACCGCCCCAGUGGCAUUUAGUGUGAUUGCCAUGUUUAAUGUAAUGAAGUUUUCAAUUGCAAUCUUGCCUUUCUCGGUCAGAGCAGCAGCUGAAGCCAAUGUUUCUCUAAGGAGAAUGAAGAAAAUUCUCAUAAAUAAAAGCCCCCCAUCUUACAUCACCCAACCAGAAGACCCAGAUACUGUCUUGCUUUUAGCAAAUGCUACCUUGACAUGGGAGCAAGAAGCCAGCAGGAAAAGCGACCUAAAGAAAACACAGAACCAGAAAAAGCAUUUUCUCUGGAGACAGAGGCCAGAGGCAUACAGUUUGGGUCCACCAGCCCAGGAAGUCACUGGCCCAGAGGAGCAAAGUGGCAGCCCCAAAUCAGUUCUGCACAAUAUAAGCUUUGCCGUGAGGAAGGGGAAGGUCAUGGGAAUAUGUGGGAAUGUUGGAAGUGGAAAAAGCUCCCUCAUUGCAGCUCUCCUAGGACAGAUGCAGUUACAACAAGGGACCGUGGCAAUCAACGGGACUCUGGCCUAUGUUUCCCAGCAAGCAUGGAUCUUUCACGGAAAUGUGAGGGAAAACAUACUAUUUGGAGAAAAGUACGAUCACCAAAGGUAUCAGCACACGGUUCGUGUCUGUGCCCUCCAGGAGGACCUGAGCAGCCUCCCUUAUGGAGACCUGACCGAGAUCAGGGAGCGGGGCCUCAACCUCUCCGGGGGACAGAGGCAGAGGAUCAGCCUGGCCCGCGCCAUCUACUCAAACCACGAGGUCUAUCUGCUGGAUGAUCCCCUGUCGGCCGUGGACGCCCACGUGGGGAAGCACGUCUUUGAGGAGUGCAUUAAGAAGACACUCAGGGGGAAGACCGUGGUCCUGGUGACCCACCAGCUUCAGUUCUUGGAGUCUUGUGAUGAAGUCAUUUUGCUAGAAGACGGAGAGAUUCGUGAAAAGGGACACAAGGAGUUAAUGGAGGAGAGAGGGCGCUAUGCAAAACUGAUUCACAACCUUGGAGGGUUGCAAUUCAAGGAUCCCGAGCACAUUUACAAUGCAGCAGUGGUGGAACGCCUUAAGGAGAACCCUGCUGAGAGAGAUAAAGAUGCUGGUACAAUCAGAGUUCCAAUCACACCUCUUAUUGCCCAAGGCUCAUGAGUGGACACAGAUCUCUCUUUAUUUCUCACCCUAGUUUUGGCUCCAACAGAUGAGAAAGUUGAAGGAAACGAACCUGAAACAGACUCAGAAUUUCUAGACGUAAAAGUUCCUCUGCACCAGCUUGUUCAGACUGAAUCCUCCCGGGAAGGAACUGUGACCUGGAAAACGUAUCACACGUACAUUAAGGCUUCUGGAGGGUACCUCCUGUCUCUCUCCACAGUGUCGCUCUUCCUGCUGAUGAUUGGCAGCUCCGCCUUUGGCAACUGGUGGCUGAGUCUCUGGUUGGACAAGCGUUCGUGGAUGACCUGUGGGCCCCAGGGCACUAACAGCACGUGUGAGGUCGGCGCGGUGCUGGCAGACGCUGGGCAGCACAUGUACCAGUGGGUGUACGUGGGGAGCAUGGUGUCCAUGCUGGCGUUUGGCAUCACCAAAGGCUUCGCCUUCACCAAGACCACACUGAUGGCAUCCUCCUUGCUACAUGACCAAGCACUUGACAAGAUCUUAAAGAGCCCAAUGAGCUUCUUUGACACGACUCCCACUGGCAGGCUCAUGAACCGUUUUUCCAAGGAUAUGGACGAGCUGGAUGUGAGGCUGCCGUUUCACGCGGAGAACUUUCUCCAGCAGCUUUUUAUGGUGGUAUUUAUUCUUGUGAUAUUGGCCGCUGUGUUUCCUGCUGUCCUUUUAGUCCUGGCCAGCCUUGCUGUAGGCGUCUUCAUCCUUUUAUGCGUUUUCCACAGAGGAGUCCAGGAGCUCAAUAAGCUGGAGAACAUCAGCCGGUCACCCUGGUUCUCGCACAUCACCUCAUCCAUGCAGGGCCUGGGCAUCAUCCACGCUUAUGACAGGAAGGAGGACUGCAUCAACAAGUUUAAGAUGCUAAAUGAUGAAAACUCCAGCCACUUCCUAUACUUAAACUGUGCUCUCAGGUGGUUUGCUCUAAGAAUGGACGUCCUCAUGAACAUUGUCACCUUCAUUGUGGCCUUGUUGGUGACCCUGAGUUUCUCCUCAAUCAGUGCUUCAUCCAAAGGCUUGUCAUUGUCUUACAUCAUCCAGCUAAGUGGGCUGCUCCAAGUGUGCGUGCGGACAGGAACCGAGACCCAGGCCAAGUUCACCUCCGUGGAGCUGCUCAGGGAGUAUAUUUCGACCUGUGUUCCUGAAUGCACUCACCCCCUGAAAGUGGAGACCUGUCCCCAUGACUGGCCCAGCUGUGGGGAGAUAACAUUCAGAGACUAUCAGAUGAGAUACAGAGACAACACUCCCCUCGUUCUCGUUGGGCUGAACUUGAACAUCCAAAGUGGGCAGACAGUUGGGAUUCUCGGAAGAACAGGGUCUGGAAAGUCAUCAUUAGGAAUGGCUUUGUUUCGUCUGGUGGAGCCAGCCGGCGGCACCAUCUUCAUCGAUGAGGUGGAUAUCUGCACUAUUGGUUUGGAAGACCUCAGAACCAAGCUGACUGUGAUACCCCAGGACCCUGUCCUGUUUGUAGGUACAGUAAGGUACAACUUGGAUCCCUUUGAGAGUCACACGGAUGAGAUGCUCUGGCAGGUUCUGGAGAGAACAUUCAUGAGAGACACAAUAAUGAAACUCCCGGAAAAAUUACAGGCAGAAGUCACAGAAAAUGAAGAAAACUUCUCAGUAGGGGAACGUCAGCUGCUUUGUAUAGCCCGAGCACUUCUCCGUAAUUCAAAAAUCAUUCCCCUUGAUGAAGCCACUGCCUCCAUGGACUCCAAGACUGACACCCUUGUUCAGAGUACCAUCAAAGAUGCCUUCAAAGGCUGCACAGUGUUGACCAUCGCCCACCACCUCAACACGAUCCUCAACUGUGACCUGGUCCUGGUCAUGGAAAAUGGGAAGGUGGUCGAGUUUGAUAAGCCUGAAGUUCUUGCUGAGAAGCCAGAUUCUGCAUUUGCAAUGUUACUAGCAGCAGAAAACAAAGUUCUAUUAUAA